CUCACGACAAUGCUCGGCUGUUGCCUACGCCCACGCGGCGACGAGAAAUCGGUCCCAAUUCUGGACGUGGAGAAAGUCCUCCAGGACCACGUCUGGAAGCUUUUCGUCGAAUCCCAGCCCAAAAUUCUACGGACCUGCCUCUGCCGCGACAGCUUCACCGUCGACGUGCCAAUGAACUUCUUCCUCUUCGAGACCAUCCGGCAGAGCGUGACGCCGCGCGCCCGACCGGAAAUGGGGAAAGACGGUCACGUGUUCUUGCAGAACGACAACCACAUGAAAGAGAGCAACUUCGGGCCCGUGCGGAAAAAGAACGAGAAAAAACAACCCGAGGUGGAUUCGAAUACGUUAGUAAUCGCGACAGAUUUCGUCAACGAUACCGGUCUUGAGCAGACGUAUAAAUUCCGGUUGGAAAAAACUCGCAAAGCGGCCUUAAAUGUGACGUUUCAGAAAGGGUUUACCAUAGGAGGUAAAGCGAAUUUCACUCUUGGUCUUCCGAAAAUCGCGUCCGAUUCGAAAGCUGAAUUCGGGACGGAUAUGAGCGUGAAUAUAUCUAAAGAAAAAGGGGAGGUAAUUGAGGAGACGGUCGUGUUGGAGACGACGAGCGACGUUCGGGUGGAGAAGAAGUCGAAGUACGUCGCUAAAGUGGUCUUGGUCGAGCGGCAAGUCGCCUACGACUUUAAGGUCUACAGCAGGAUGAGCAUGCCCAUGGGCAGCGCUCUAGCCUCGGUGGUCAGAAAAAAAGACGGGAAAAUAUUCUUCACCACCGUCAUCAAAAAUUUGAAAACCGUUUUCGAGAAUUACGAGAAGCAAGUCACGAUUUUGACCAACGCUGGUCAAUCAGAGACCAAUGACUACGUCAUCGAGUUCAAAACCGUCGGGGUUCUGGAAGGGGUCAGGCUUUCAGAUCAAAGGAUUAUUCUAGAAGCUGCCGAGCUUCAUAAACCCCCGGCGUUGCAGUGUCGGAUCGAAGAAAAACCAGCGCCGGAAAGAACGACAAUUAACGUGGAUUACGUCCCUUUACAGCCUACCAUUUACCCUUUCAGCUGCGAGAGGAGUGGAUCGUUAUCGACGCCAGUGAUCGAGGAGUUAGACGAGGAGGAGGAAGAAAGCAACAAGGAUUCCGCCUCGGUAUUUUCGAGGACUCAUGGGGGACACCGCGGCCCCACCUCCAUAGGCGUCAUCCCCUGCAUCGUGACGACCAGUCCGAGUUCCGUGUGUUCGAGUCCCCUGUCUGAGAAAGAGGCCAGUGACGCCUCUGAUGCUAGCAAGAGUACAACAGUAUAGAGGAGAA